AUGGCAGCGGCGGCGGCGCGGUCCCUGCUGGCGGCGGGGCGGGCGCGGGCCGGCGGGCGGCGGUGCCGGGCCCUGCCCGCCGCGGGGGCCGCUCCCUACUGCACUGUGGCCCCGCAGGAGCGGCGGCAGCCGCCGCCCGACAUGAAGAGCUACCUGUGGUCGCGCUACAAGGAGGCCAAGAGGGUCACCAAGGAAUUGGUUCCUUCAAUUAUGAGUAACAUGCUGAAUCCGGAUGCUAUUUUUUCGAACAAUGAAAUGAGCCUGUCAGACAUCGAAAUUUAUGGUUUUGAUUACGACUACACAUUGGUCUUUUAUUCUAAACAUCUGCACACUCUGAUCUUCAAUGCUGCUCGAGAUCUUCUUAUUAAUGAGCAUCGGUACCCUGCAGAAAUAAGAAAAUACGAUUAUGAUCCCAAUUUUGCAAUCAGAGGACUUCACUAUGAUGUGCACCGGGCAUUAUUAAUGAAGAUUGAUGCUUUUCAUUAUAUUCAGCUGGGAACAGUUUACAGAGGCCUCAGUGUUGUCCCAGAUGAAGAAGUCAUUGCAAUGUAUGAUGGUUCCCAUGUCCCUUUAGAACAAAUGAGUGACUUUUAUGGAAAGAGCUCACAAGGAAAUACAAUGAAGCAAUUCAUGGAUAUAUUCUCCUUGCCAGAAAUGACACUCCUUUCUUGUGUGAAUGAGUAUUUUCUGAAGAACAACAUAGACUAUGAGCCCGUUCAUCUGUACAAAGAUGUCAAGGAUUCAAUCAGGGAUGUCCACAUCAAAGGAAUAAUGUACAGAGCAAUUGAAGCAGAUAUUGAGAAAUACAUCUGCUAUGCCGAACAAACUCGUGCGGUGUUAGCUAAGCUGGCUGAUCAUGGCAAGAAGAUGUUUCUCAUCACAAACAGUCCCAGCAGCUUCGUGGACAAAGGCAUGAAGUUCAUAGUUGGCAAGGACUGGAGGGAUCUCUUUGAUGUGGUCAUUGUACAGGCUGAUAAGCCAAAUUUUUUCAAUGAUAAGCGAAGACCGUUUCGGAAGGUGAAUGAAAGGGGAGUGUUGCUUUGGGACAAAAUUCACAAGCUGCAGAAAGGUCAGAUUUACAAACAGGGUAACUUGUAUGAAUUUCUGAAGCUUACUGGCUGGAGGGGCUCUAAGGUUCUCUACUUUGGUGAUCAUAUUUACAGUGACUUGGCAGAUUUGACCCUGAAGCAUGGCUGGCGCACUGGUGCAAUUAUUCCAGAGUUACGAUCAGAGAUUAAAAUAAUGAACACAGAGAAGUACAUUCAAACCAUGACCUGGCUGCAAACCUUGACAGGAUUACUGGAACACAUGCAGGUUCACCGUGAUCCUGAUUCACAAAUGAUUUUAGAAGAAUGGAAGAAGGAAAGAAAGGAAAUGAGGGAGAUGAACAGGAAUUUCUUCAAUGCGCAGUUUGGAAGCUUAUUCAGAACUGAUGAGAAUCCAACUUAUUUCCUAAGACGUCUCUCUAGAUUUGCAGAUAUCUACAUGGCAUCGUUGAGUUGUCUCUUGAACUAUGAGCCUGAUUACACGUUUUAUCCAAGAAGGACUCCUUUGCAGCAUGAACUUCCCGGCUGGUCAGACCAGCUAUGCACUGGUACAUUCAGAAUACCUUUCCUACAAGAGACCGUUCAGAUCAAAUAAGCACUUGGCUUGUUCUCUCUAAAAUGGGCAAAUACAGCUUUUUUUUUUUUUUUUUAAGUACAUGUAUUUUAUUUAAGUCACUUAAAAUCUGUUAUCUUGAUUUAGAUGUAAUUCGUACUUGGUCUCAUAAGCAUUGUAGCCGUUUUCUCCACUCCUGCUCAGAGAUGUGAAAACUCCUCUUACACACA